AUGUCCACCUGUAUGUUCCAGAACCCCACCCCACCGUCCCACUGGCACGGCACCAUCACCACCACGUCGCUGCCCUCAGCAUGCGUCCAGUCACGGGAAGACUUCAAGUACAUCCGGGAACACGCCCCUUUCUAUGACGGGAGCAUGGACGAAGACUGUCUCUACCUCAACAUUUACGUGCCGGUCAUUCUGUCCAAAAAGGGUCUGUUUCCUGUGUUGGUGCAUGUCCACGGUGGCUCCAAUAUGGCGGGGAUGGGCGCCAUGUUUCACGGUGACGUACUGGCGAGCGAAGGGGAGAUGAUCGUUGUUACAUUCAACUACAGGCUGGCGGCUCUAGGCUUCUUGAGUAUACCUGACCUUGACAUAGCUGGGAAUUUCGGCAUCUUUGAUCAGUUGCAAGCACUACGCUGGGUCAGCGAGAACAUCGCCAACUUUGGCGGUGACCCUGGGAAGGUCACCUUACAAGGUCACAGUGCCGGAAGUACUGACGUUGGUCUCCAUUUGUUAUCUCCCCUCUCUCAGGUGUACUUCCAACGUGCCAUCCUACAGAGUGGGUCCCCUACGGUCGACUGGGCGCUCAUGUCUAGGAGGGAGGAGACCGACGCUUACAGUGGACCCAGGAGUCACCUGGUGGCCUUAGGGUGCCAAGACAGGGUGGACGGGCAUAGGACGCUCAGGUGUCUUCGUGAAGUGGACGCCAGAACAUUGGCAGAAACACGAUACAAUUACACACAAGGCUACCACCAUUUCACACCCGUCAUAGACGGGGUCAUGAUUGUGUCCAACCCAGUGGGGUCAAACCUGCAGGACAAGGUCAAGGCUGAAGCUGUGAUGAUGGGGCUGGUCAAAGACGAGGGGUCACUGACUGCCGAGGUCAUCAUGAGAUCUGAACACCCAACCGUCAACGACACGGACGAUGCCAGACCCGCCCAGCCGCUGGACAUACCGUACGAUGAAGUGCUGAAGAUGAUCGUAGACUUCUACCCCAGGCUGCAGUUCCACACGUUUGCGGCAGAUUUGAUCCAACUUUUAUACAAACCAUGGUCAGAUCCAGACAACAUCACAGCCAAAGCACUGGCCUUAUCUGAAUUUUGUGGUGACAUAGUCUUCAACUCCGCCACCCUCCAGUUCGCUGAUAUGCUGCGAGAGGUGCCCCAGUUGGAUUUGUUCCUGUACCGGUUUGAGCACAGGUCAACUUUGUCCAUACACCCUCAGUGGAUUGGUGUCCCACACGGCGAUGAUCUGUUUUACCUGUUCGGCUGUCCACUUGAUGGUCACCCUGUCAGGAGCUACACACACCUGGACAGGAAGGUCAGCCUGAAGCUUAUAGAGACGUGGUCCAGUUUCGUUCAUACUGGAUGGCCAUCCAAAAAUAAAACUACUUCACAAGUCCAGCCUUUUUCUCCCGACGAAAGUUAUUUCAUCAUCGACAACAACGGGACAGACGCCACCAUAACCAAGGGAAACCACCUACGUGCGCAGUUCCACAAAUUUUGGAACAGCUUCAUUCCCCUGCUAGCCUCGCCUCCCCCCUCACCAGCAGGUUCCGAUACUGUUCGGCUGGUUCUAAUCGUCUGUGUGUGUCUGCUGUUGGUGUUCUGUGUAGGUCUUGCUGUCUGCUUUGUCUACUACAGGAGACUGGUCAAGUCUUCAGCCGUUAUAGCUCAAACCGAGGCUGAAGCAAACGGUGUAUGUAAAACAUAG